ACUCAAGCGAACAUUUACAACACUGGAGUAAAUGUUUUAAGAAAUUUGCAAAUUUUUGAUAAAAUUGCUGGCUAUAAAUUAAGUUAGUUACCGGUUGUUUUGUGUGUUGCUUAAAAUGCAAAAAUAUGAAAAAUUGGAAAAAAUCGGUGAGGGUACCUAUGGUACUGUGUUUAAGGGUCGCAAUCGUGAGACCAUGGAGAUUGUGGCAUUGAAACGUGUCCGUUUGGAUGAAGACGACGAGGGAGUACCCAGCUCAGCCCUUAGGGAAAUUUGUCUUCUAAAGGAGUUGAAGCACAAAAACAUUGUGCGUCUCUAUGAUGUGCUGCAUUCAGACAAGAAGCUGACGCUGGUUUUUGAGCAUUGCGACCAGGAUUUGAAGAAAUACUUUGAUAGUUUAAAUGGAGAAAUCGAUAUGGCAGUUUGUCGCAGCUUUAUGUUACAACUGUUGCGUGGACUUGCGUUCUGUCACAGCCACAAUGUACUCCAUCGUGACUUGAAGCCACAGAAUUUAUUAAUAAAUAAAAACGGGGAGCUAAAACUAGCUGAUUUUGGGCUCGCGCGUGCGUUUGGCAUUCCUGUAAAGUGCUACUCUGCUGAAGUAGUUACGUUGUGGUAUCGACCGCCAGAUGUACUAUUUGGCGCAAAGCUAUAUACAACCAGCAUCGAUAUGUGGUCGGCUGGGUGCAUCUUCGCUGAGCUUGCCGAUGCCGGUCGCCCACUUUUCCCUGGCUCGGAUGUUUUGGAUCAGCUGAUGAAAAUCUUCCGUGUACUUGGUACUCCUUCAGAAGAAUCAUGGCCUGGAGUGACUCAUUUGGCUGACUAUGUGGCGCUUCCAUCCUUUCCGCCUAUUACAUCGUGGAGCCAAAUAGUACCCCGUCUAAAUUCCAAGGGUCGGGACUUACUGCAGAAGCUAUUAGUGUGUCGGCCAAAUCAGCGCAUUAGUGCGGAACAGGCCAUGCAACACCCGUACUUCACUGAAAGUUCAUCCAACCAUUGAAGGAAUAUACAUUUGUAUUGUAUAACUACGUUUUUGUUUUUUACUUGUGUUGCUGUAACUGCUUCUAAUUGGCAAAACAAAAUUCAUUUAGCUCUUACAAGUAUUGAUAAGAAUGAGGGAAUUAAAGAGGCCGCAAACGACCUUCGUCCGAUCGUGCGGUGGGGUCUAUUAAAUUUUAAGGUAAUUUAUAAAAUAAAAAUAUAUAGUUGAUUACAAAAAAGGAAGAAACAUCUCUUCAAUGCAUACAUUGAGAUGUAAAUUAAGCUACUUGUUCGUAUUUAUUUUUAUUCAGUUUAAGAACGUAUUCCAUUUUGUAAACCAAAUAUACGAGGCUGUAAAUGCUUUAGCUAUGUCGAAAGUUCGCAUUCAGGUUUAUUGUUAAAUUUUUUCAAUAUUUAGUAUUAAAUUUCUUUCAAAACCGGUGAGCCAUAAAAUAAUUUUAGAAUUCGAUUAGAAUAGCAUAGUGUUUCAAUUAUUAUUAUUAUUAUUCUUAAAAUAUAAGCGAUAUUGCCAUUAUACCUCCUCUCCUUCAGGGGCAUUUACAUUUUUUGUAAAAAAACACUGAAAUUAUCAGAAAAAAUAUACUGUCCCAAUCAAAUUUAAAUAUAAUAAAAUUCAGACUUGAAAAUA